GCAUUACUGGUGAACUUUUUAAAAAAAAGAGUUUUAUUGGAUUUUAUAUUCAUAAUCAUAACAGUAAUUGGGUUCCAAGGUACUGUUUUCCAUUGCUAAUCAACCAAAAUUAGGAUAUGUAGAGAAUACCCCCAGAAAUUUGACAUUCACAAAAACAGAGAAGCUUUAAAAUGCCACCCACUGACUCCAAAGAUGAGGAAGGCCAUGUGUUUUGGACUACAAAUUGUACAAAUAGUAUUUGCCAGAUAGUGGGAGGAGUAGACUGGAAUAGCUGGAUAGCCAAGUUUUGUUGUCUUCAGGGAGAGAAAUGGCCAGUAAAGGAACCACUAGUUGAAACAGUAAGGAAUGCCAUGUUUCACUUGAGCUUCAUUAGUAAACUUCCUCAAAGAAACCGAACUGGAGGAAAGUAUGUUAGAUUUCCCCAUGCAGGGCAAUGCAGUUUUAUAAGGCUUGCUUGAAAUCUAUUUAGAUUGUUUAGCAGUAUGCAUUUUCCAGAGUAAGCAGAUUAACAAUGACUCAGAAUUUCCCCCAAUAAAUCACUUUAGUGUGUACUAGCUGUGCCCGGCCACGCGUUGCUGUGGCUUAGUCUGGUGGUGUUGGUCAGUCUACAUUAGGUUGUAUUUAUGCUGUGACCUCCACCCUUCUUUAUAGUCACAUUAGUAGUAGUAUUUGAAGUCUGUUACCUUCUUCAAUUUUUGUGUUGAUUGAUAAUUGCUUGAGAUACUUGUUGUCUUUUGUUUGUUGUUAAUCGUGAUGUCUGAUUCUGCUGAGUGUGGUUUACAUCUUAUUGUGGUACAAUGGUCUUUUUUUUUGCCUGUGUAGGUGUUUAUUAUUGUUGUUGUUAUAGUGGUCAUGAAGGCUGGAUAAGUUAGAUGGUACUGUAUUGUUUUUUGGAGGCCCAGUGUAGCAUUGACUGGCCUCUCAGCCUCAGUGCCUGGCUGCUUCUUGCCUGUGGUGGUGUAGAUUCUUAUUGUUGUUGUUGUCAUUGUGGUUUUGUGCAGUGGUUGUGUUGUUACAACCAGGAGGCAAGGCUUUUGCGUUGUGUUGUCAAGUUUUGUAUUUCUGGGGCAUUUAGUUGUGUGCCAAGUUUCGUAUUUCUGGGACGUUUAGUUGUGUUGUUAUAGUCACGAUGCAUUGUUGUGAGUUUUAUGGGUCCGGAGUGUGGUUUUGUGGUGUGGUUGUGUUGUUACAACCGGGAGGGAAGGCUUUUGCAUUGUGUCGCCAAGUUUCGUAUUUCUGGGGUGUUUAGUUGUGUUGUUAUAGUCACGAUGCGUUGUUGUGAGUUUUGUGGGUCCAGUGUGGUUUUGUGGUGUGAUUGUGUUGUUACAACCGGGAGGCAAGGCUUUUGCGUUGUGUUGCCAAGUUUUGUAUUUCUAGGGCGUUUAGUUGUGUUGUUAUAGUCAUGAUGUGUUGUUGUGAUUGUUGUGCGUCCGGAUUGUGGUUUUGUGGUGUGGUUGUGUUGUUGUAACCGGGAGGCAAGGCUUUUGCAUUGUGUUGCCAAGUUUCGUAUUUCUGGGAUGUUUAGUUUUGUUGUUAUAGUCACUGCGCCCGCAACUUUAUCCUUUUAUAUAUAUAGACUAGCUGUGCCCGGCCACGCGUUGCUGUGGCGAAGUCUGGUGGUCUGGGAAAUAAAGUAUUGAGGAAUUGGUGGUAGUUAAGGGCAAGGGUAAAGGUUUCCCCUGACAUUAAGUCCAGUCAUGUCUGACUCUGGAGGUUGGUGCUCAUCUCCAUUUCUAAGCCGAAGAGCUGGCGUUGUCCGUAGACUCCUCCAAGGUCAUGUGGGAUGACUACAUGGAGCGGUGUUACCUUCCCGCCAGAGCAGUACCUAUUGAUGCACUCACAUUUGCAUGUUUUCGAACUUCUGGGUUGGCAGAAGCUGGAGCUAACAGUGGGGGCUCUCUCCGCUCCCCCAAUUCAAACCUGUGGCCUUUCAGUCCAGAAGUUUAGCAGCUCAGCGCUUUAACACGCUGCACCAUCAGGGGAUAUUAUUUCCUAAAGGUUGUGAAUAUACAAAAUUUUUGAUUGUUUUUGUCUGUUGGAGGCAAGUAUGAAUGCUGGAAUGAGGAAAAAUGAUUAGCAUGUAAUGGCCUUGUAGCUUUAAAGCCUGGCUGUUUCCUUCCUGAGUGAAUUUUUUGUUGGGAGGUGUUAGCUGGCCCUGAUUGUUUCCCGUGUGGAAUUCCCUUGUUUUCAGAGAGGUGUUGUUUGCGAUAUUUUAUGUGCUUCUACUGUCUGUGGUCCUGAGAAAACAGAGGAAUUGCCAGACUUUGAUGAUGGGAAUACUUUGUUGGGAGGUGUUAGCUGGCCCUGAUUGUUUCUUGUCUGGAAUUCCCUUGUUUUCAGAGUGGUGUUGUUUGUGAUAUUUUAUGUGCUUCUAGUGUCUGUGGGCGUCAGAAAAGAGGAUUUGCCAGACUUUGAUGAUGGGAAUACUUUGUUGGGAGGUGUUAGCUGGCCCUGAUUGUUUCUUGUCUGGAAUUCCCUUGUUUUCAGAGUGGUGUUGUUUGUGAUAUUUUAUGUGCUUCUAGUGUCUGUGGGCGUCAGAAAAGAGGAUUUGCCAGACUUUGAUGAUGGGAAUACUUUGUUGGGAGGUGUUAGCUGGCCCUGAUUGUUUCCUGUCUGGAAUUCCCUUGUUUUCAGAGUGGUGUUGUUUGUGAUAUUUUAUGUGCUUCUAGUGUCUGUGGGCGUCAGAGAACAGAGGAUUUGGCAGACUUUGGUGAUGGGUAUACUUUGUUGGGAGGUGUUAGCUGGCCCUGAUUGUUUCCUGUGUCGAAUUUCCGUUUUCAGAGUGUUGUUCUUUAUUGAGUGUUCUGAUUUUAGAGAUUAUAUUGUUGUGCAUUAUUGUACCACAGUAAUUAUUUCAUCUUACAAUAGAAUCUCAGUUAUCCAACAUUUGGUAAUGCAAUGUUCUGGAUUAUCCAACGUAGUGUGCGUUUUAGUAGUCAAUUUUUUUGUAGCCAGUGUUUUAAAUUGUGAUACUUUUUCUGUCAAAUUUGUUGUAUAACAUGAUGUUUUGGUGGCUAAUUUGUAUAACGAUUACCUAAUUUGAUGUUUAAUUGGGUUUUCCUGAAUCUGUUCUUAUUAUCCAAGAGAUUCAGUUAUGCAAUGUUGUGCAGGGAUGUUUAUGUUGGAUAAGUGAGAUUCUACUGUAUAUUUAUAAUUUUGUAAGGAAGGCGUUUGCGUCAUCCCCGGGCACUGGAAAAGGGUAAAUAAAUAAGAGAAGAGGAGAAGAAGGCGCUCUGUACCUGCUCAGGGGCCAGGCGGGAGGCGUGGUGGGGUAAGGUCUGCCCUUCUCCUUUGCCCCUCCAUCCCGGCCCUCCCUCUCCUACCGAAGGCGGCGCCGGUGUGGUGGUGGGUUGGCAGGCCUGGUAGGCCAGGGAAGAGCGGGCUCCGGUGGAGGCGCAGGCCCGGGGCGUAGCGGCUUCCUCCCCGCCUCGCGCUUCCCGGUGCCGGCCUCCAUGUUCUUCCCGCGGAGGAGGAUAGGAGGAGGCCUGAGCAGCAGCGAGGAGGAGGAGGGGGAGAACGGGGCCGGGAAGGCGGGCGAUGGGGCGCUCAUCCGCCGCUGCAGGGCCGAGAGGAAGGAAAAGGGGUGGGAAAGGAACCUCCACACACACAGAGAGAGGCAGGACUCGCUUUCCCAAGCGCCUCAAGCGGAGGUAACAUUGUUGGCGCGAAACACCGGGAAGGUACUGAGGGAGGGGGAAAGUAGCCUUUUUUGUUUCCCAGGCGAGAUGUGAGGCCAGGGGCGGGCCAGCAUAGGCCCUCCGGGUGUUUUGGAGUGGAACUCCCAAUUCGAGGAUGGGGAGCUCAGCCUCGUGAGGCGGAGAUGUGCCUUCUCCUGGCGAGUCUCUGGCUUCGGCGGUGGAGGCGGCGAUAGAGGGGGAGGGAGGGGGGACGGUUUUGUGUGUGCACGCGCACGCGGGGGAAGAGUUGGGAGGAUUGUGUUUGUGCGCAUGCGCACAUCGCCUGUUGUGUUUUUUUGGUGUUGUGAUUGUGUUUUUUGUUUGUUUGUGUUGUAUCUUACUGGAGGCGGGGAUGAUGGAUUGCGUUGCCAAUUUUCGAGUUUGGGGGGGCUGUAGAUUUGUUGUUUUGUCCAUCGCCGUGAUGCCAUCACUCUUUUAUAUAUAUAGACUAGCUGUGCCCGGCCACGCGUUGCUGUGGCGAAGUCUGGUGGUAUGGGAAAUAAAGUAUUGAGGAAUUGGUGGUAGUUAAGGUCAAGGGUAAAGGUUUUCCCCAGAGAUUAAGUCCAGUCGUGUCUUACUCUGGAGGUUGGUGCUCAUCUCCAUUUCUAAGCCGAAGAGCCGGCGUUGUCCGUAGACUCCUCCAAGGUCAUGUGGGAUGACUGCAUGGAGCAGCGUUACCUUCCCACCGGAGCAAUGCCUAUUGAUGCACUCACAUUUGCAUGUUUUCGAACUUCUGGGUUGGCAGAAGCUGGGGCUAACAGUGGGGGCUCUCUCCGCUCCCCCAAUUCAAACCUGUGGCCUUUCGGUCCAGAAGUUCAGCAGCUCAGUGCUUUAACACGCUGCGCCAUCCGGGGAUAUUAUUUCCUAAAGGUUGUGAAUAUACAAUAUUUCUGAUUGGUUUUUUGUUUGUUUGUUGGAGUCAAGUAUGAAUGCUGCUAUUAGGAAAAAUGAUUAGGAUGUAAUGGCCUUGCAGCUUUAAAGCAUGGCUGUUUCCUCCUUGAGUGAAUUUUUUGUUGGGAGGUGUUAGCUGGCCCUGAUUGUUUCCUGUCUGGAAUUCCCUUGUUUUCAGAGUGGUGUUGUUUGCAAUAUUUUAUGUGCUUCUACUGUCUGUGGCCCUGAGAAAACAGAGGAUUUUCCAGACUUUAAUGAUGGGAAUACUUUGUUGGGAGGUGUUAGCUGGCCCUGAUUGUUUCCUGUCUGGAAUUCCCUUGUUUUCAGAGUGGUGUUGUUUGCGAUAUUUUAUGUGCUUCUACUGUCUGUGGCCCUGAGAAAACAGGAUUUGCCAGACUUUGAUGAUGGGAAUACUUUGUUGGGAGGUGUUAGCUGGCCCUGAUUGUUUCCUGUGUGGAAUUCCCCUGUUUAUUUACUGUCCUGGUUUUAGAGAUUAUAUUGUGCUGCAUUAUUCUAUCCCAGUAAUUAUUUCAUAUUAAAGAAGAAUCUCACUUAUCCAACAUUCGCUUAUACAAUGUUCUGGAUUAUCCAACGCAGUCUGCCUUUUCAUAAUCAAUGUUUUUGUAGUCAGUGUUUUAAAUUCAUUGUGAUAUUCUAGUGGUAAAUUUGUAAAUACAGUACAGUAGAGUCUCACUUAUCCAACAUAAAUGGGCCGGCAGAACGUUGGAUAAGCGAAUAUGUUGGAUAAUGAGGAAUUAAGGAUAACCCUAUUAAACAUCAAAUUAAGUUAUGAUUUUACAAAUUAAGCACCAAAACAUCAUGUUAGACAACAAAUUUGUCAGAAAAAGUAGUUCAGUACACAGUAAUGCUAUAUAGUAAUUACUGUAUUUAUGAAUUUAGCACCAAAAUAUCACGAUAUAUUGAAAGCAUUGACUACAAAAAUGUGUUGGAUAAUCCAGAACGUUGGAUAAGCGAGUGUUGGAUAAGUGAGACUCUACUGUAAAUACUACAUAGCAUUACUGCGCAUGGAACUACUUUUUCUGUCAAAUUUGUUGUAUAAUAUGAUGUUUUGGUGCUUAAUUUGUAUAACGAUUACCUAAUUUGAUGUUUAAUUGGCUUUUCCUGAAUCCCUUCUUAUUAUCCAACAUAUUCACUUAUCCUGCCGGCCUGUUUAUGUUGGAUAAGUGAGACUCUACUGUAUAUUGAUAAUCUUAUAUUAUCUGCUCAGAACUGGAUUAUAUGAGGCUCCUUCUUCACAGCUGUAUAAAAUGCACACUGAAGUGGAUUAUAUGGUAGUGUGGAGUCAAGAUAAUCCAGUGCAAAGCAGAUAAUAUAAGAUUAUAAAUGGGUUAUAUAGCUGUGUUGAAGGGCCUUGAGUCUACACUGCCAUAUAAUCCAGUGCAAAUUAGAUAAUCUGUGGAAGAAAUCUAAGUAAGGCCUAAGUCUGCCUGUCCCCUAACUGAAUCCUGGCUGUCCCUUGGUUACUAGGCAACCAAGUGGGCAGAGAUUAGCCCUCUAAACUGGCAGCAAUUGGAUUAAAAAAAAUAUUGCUCUCCCUCUAAUUAGGACUUUAUUUUUCUUUUCUUUUUGUUGUAUCAACCUUGAGGCGUGGAUGAUGGGUUGUGUUGUCAAAUUUUGAGGUUGGGGGGCCUGUAGUUUUGUUGUUUUGUGAAUUGCCGUGAUGCCAUCACUCUUUUAUAUACAGUAGAGUCUCACUUAUCCAACAUAAACGGGCUGGCAGAACGUUGGAUAAGCGAAUAUGUUGGAUAAUAAGGAGGGUUUAAGGAAAAGCCUAUUGAAUGUCAAAUUACAUUAUGGUUUUACAAAUUAAGCACCAAAACAUCCUGUUUGAAAUACAAAACCCCUGGAAGCUGGGAACACACUAAUAUACUGUAGAUUAAUCAUCUCUAGAAUCCCAUAUUGAGCAGAGCAAUGGCAACACUGGGAAACAAAAAUUUGCUAAAUAUUUGAUAUUGGUCAACUGUCUCCAGAAUCUCACCUGGAGCUGGGUGGCUCUGUGUUGGGAGGAGGGCUUGGCUUGUGCCUUCCAGCCUGGCAGAACGGGGCUGGGCUGGAGAGCCUCUGAAGGGAGGAGGGGGUCUCUUGUGUUUCUAGGGUGCUAUGCCUCUAAUGAUUCUUGCUUGGGUUAAAAGAGGAGGAGGAGGAGGAAGACAGAAGUGCAAGUUGCUGCAAGGCUGACAGGGGUAGAAGAGGGAGGAGGAGGAGGAAGAAGAGUGCGUGGGGGAGAAAAAGGAAGGAGAGAGAGAGGGGGGAUCUGGAGCAAAAUGUGUGUGUGUGUGCAGGAGGAAAGGGGGGUCCUCCGCCCACCCACCCAGGUAGGAUCUGCAAACAAGCACCAGACGAAAUCUGCUCCCAAAGCUCCUUUAAUCCCAAGGCAGAAGAGGAUGGCGCUUCCCCAGAUUCCCAAAGGAGACAAGGAUUUAGCGAAACCAGGCCAGAAGCGGCCAUGCCUUCCUGCCCGCUCCUCCCAUGCCAAAGCAACCCCUUUGGGCAAUCAUGACAUGACGCCCUGGGCUGGGCCCUCCCAGUCCGAGACUUCCUUCCAUGCGCUUUUCAAGCCCAUGGUGUCCUUCUUGCACAGUGUCCCUUUCUCGGCAGUAGGCUCGCCCGGCUCCUGCCCCUUCUUUCCAGACCUUGGAGAGAAGGGCUUCGACGCCGAGGGGAAGCAGAGGCAGAAGGCGGUUCUGAUCCAAGGCAAGGCCAAGCAGAAGGGCCGGAGCAGGGGCUCACCCAGGCGCCUGCAGAACAAGUGGGAGGCCGUGACGCUGCCGCCCGUGCCCAGAAUCACCAACCUCAGCUUCAGCCCAAAUUUCACUUUCUCGUUCUUUGAGCUGCCACCUCAUCAGAGCCAGCAGUCCUGGGUGCAACGCCAGCAGCUCAUCUGCCUACUGAUGAAACAACUGAAGUAGCAAGUGCCUUUGCCAGAAGGUGCAGGAGGAGAGGACAGCAGCCUGAUGCAGAACCUAAGACCUGCCAGCCUCUAUAAGAGGAGGACUCACCUACAAUUCAAAGAAAUUGUGGCUUCCUGCUACUCAAAUGAGCUGAAAUAGCAAGCCUUUCAUUAUUUAUUUGCUAAUGUAUAUAUUUGCUAACCUGUAUUAUAUGUAUAUGUUGAUUUGCCACUUUGACAGUACCUCUUUAGUGUGGGAGGGAUUAUAGACAUGUGAUUGUACUGAGCAUGUUCAGACUCAGGACUCCAUUUUGUACUCAGUGUCUGCUGUCCACCUCAGUGGAGGUGGAUGUGUGUCUGUUUUACACCUCAGUGAAGGUGAAUGCAUGCUGCUAUUAGGACUUCAAGUAGAGAAGUAUGACUUAAGGACUUAAGUGAGUACAACUAUACCUAAAGACUAUGGACUGUUAUUAAGAAUAAUCAGCACACAGAGAAAUACAGCCUAUCUAUAACUGAACCUAAAUAUGAAGUGUGCCUGUAUGGUGAAUUAAUCAAGAUAUCUGUGAGUAAACAAGAUGUUAUUUUUCAAAGAAGACUUUGUUUUUUUAUCUCUGCGUGCAUAUUUUAAACUAAGAUUUUUCAAGGGAGUGUAUAUCUUUUGAGCAAUUACAAACUGAAACUGCAGUUUCAACUUCAAAGAAACAACCAUCCUCUGGUAACAAUAUAUUGUUGUAGUGGCAUAUCUUAGUCCUUAGCAGUUCAAAUACAUGGUUCUUCAGUUUAACAGCUGAUUUAUCUGUGUGCCAUUACAUGAAUGCUUAUGAAUUCAAAGGGUUGGCUUCUAACAAGGUCAUCCUUUUCUUGACUACUGGUUUUCAAAAGGUGGUCUCCACAAGUUCAUGGAUAGAGAUUCACAUUUGCCAAACAGAUAUUACAUCAUUUUUCCUUUUCAAUAAGGUUAUGAUUGUCAUUUAUUUCCAAAGGGAUAUCUGUCCAGUUAUUUCCAAUAGGUUAUGUCCAACAAAAAGAAGUAGGUGCAUCAUCUUACUUCCAUUUCCUCCUCCAUUUAGUUGCAGUUCUUUCUGUGCAUGUUUGUGACCACAGACAUUGAGCGCUCCCAACCUGUCCUGCCACAGCCAGCAAGAACCUUGGUCCUCUCUCCCACCUUGUGCCGUUCAGAUAGAUUUCGUGCAACAGGCAUGGGUAACAAGUGUGUGUUCUUUGUCUACAAUUUCUUUGUUUCCACCAACUAUGCCAAAAAUAAUUUUCUGUAAAAGGGUGGGGACACUUCCCAAAGAGCUUCACCUAUUUCACGACAGAAUAAAAACAAACAGUGGCCUAUUA